CUGACGACCAAUUUAAUCCUGGUCCCCUUUCGGUUGCCCUGCACUUUGAGGAAUUGUGCUAGGAAAUUUGUUUGACCAGCAAUAACUUUCCCCUGAAGCAAGCCCCAAACUUCUUUUUGUCCGUCAACAUCAACGUCGGCCCAUAUACAACCAAAAUCUACAUCCUCCCCGACAAGCCUUCAUUUCCAGGUCGACUCUUGAUUCAUUUCUUGGGCCUCAUAAACUUAUACCCAUUUCACGCAAUUCUUGUUCUAUCCCCUGACAGCUACCGAUAACCUUCACGAUGCCUCCAGCCACCGCCGAAAGCGCGUCGCCAAUUGGCAUUGCUAAUCUGCCAAACCAGCGACACAAGAUUGUUGCCAAGAGGGGUGCUGCGUUUACUAUCAUGGUUGCUGGUGAAUCUGGUUUGGGAAAGACCACAUUUAUCAACACUCUAUUUUCGACUACCAUCAAGAACUAUGCCGACCACAAGCGACGACAUCAAAAGCAGGUUGACAAGACUGUUGAGAUCGAAAUCACCAAGGCUGAGCUAGAGGAGAAGUUCUUCAAGGUCCGCUUAACUGUCAUUGACACACCCGGCUUUGGCGACUACGUAAACAACCGGGAUUCGUGGAUGCCCAUCAUCGAGUUCUUGGACGACCAACACGAGUCUUAUAUGCUUCAGGAGCAACAACCCCGCCGUCAAGACAAGAUCGACCUCCGUGUCCACGCUUGCUUAUACUUCAUCAGACCCACCGGUCACACCUUAAAGCCUCUGGAUAUUGAAGUAAUGAAGAGGCUGUGCUCAAGAGUCAAUUUGAUCCCUGUUAUUGCCAAGGCUGAUACUCUGAGCCCUAUUGAUCUUGCUAAGUUCAAGGCUAAGAUCCGUGCUGUCAUCGAGGCUCAGAGCAUUAAGAUCUACCAACCGCCGGUCGAGGAGGACGAUGAGGCUGCCGCCCAGCACGCGCGUAGCCUCAUGGCCGCCAUGCCAUUCGCGGUCAUCGGUUCGGAGAAGGACGUCAAGACUGGAGACGGCCGCAUUGUCAAGGGUCGUCAAUACUCAUGGGGUGUUGCCGAAGUCGAGAACGAGGACCACUGUGACUUUAAGAAGCUGCGUUCGAUCCUGAUCCGAACACACAUGCUUGACCUCAUCCACACGACCGAGGAACUACACUAUGAGGCGUACCGUGCCCAACAGAUGGAGACUAGAAAGUUCGGCGAAGCCCGUCCCCGCAAGUUGGACAACCCCAAGUACAAGGAGGAAGAAGAAGCUCUUCGCAAGCGCUUUACUGAGCAGGUCAAGAUCGAGGAACAGCGAUUCCGACAAUGGGAACAGAAGCUCAUCGCCGAGCGCGACCGUCUUAACAAGGAUCUCGAGCAGACCCACGCUCAGAUCAAGCAGCUCGAGAACGACCUCGAGGCGAUGCAGGGCAGCGUUGCUCGCAGCGGCCGCCGUUAAAAUUCUUCUAUAUACCCCCUUCGCCAACGAAAACGAUUUGUUGAUUCCGCUAGCGCUAGUUGAAAGUUGAGAAAAUGCUUCCGCCUAAUUGGGGAGUAUGGAGUUGAGAUUGCUGGUUCAUUCGGCAUCUCCCAAAAUUCUACAGGACCAGAGGUCGUUAUUGAUGGAUGGAUGGAUAUAUGCUUACAAGCUAAUUAUGUGUUGUGUGCCAAGGAGGGUGUGGAUUGACAAAUAUCACCCGAUAACACUUGCAGAUUUUUGCUGAUGGCAAGGCUGUGUGUAUGAGGGUGAUGAUGGGUCG